AUGUCCCAAUCACAGGAUUCAUCGGACACGGGUCUCACAGCCGAAAACAGCAAGACCGACAAAGAUUCUGAGCCGCCGCAAUCGUCCCAAAGUGUCGAAUUAUCGAAUCAAAAACCGAAAAGAACAUCAUCCGCAACGCUUCAGUGCCCCAUAUGUAACGAGGCAAUGAUAAGCAUCCAUCAACUCAACCGCCAUAUCGAUGACACCCACGUAGAAUCUGCUGACACUCAAAAGGGCAGGGAAGAUCCAUCGUCUAAACUCACCACAAACGAAAUUGUUGGCAACGAUAUCAAGUCGUGGAUCAAGAAGAAAUUACCGGCAGAACCAACUUCGCUAUUUUCGCCCGGAAAGAGGAAAACCAUAAACCUUGACCUUUUGGACGGUAAUCGUGGUUUUGGCCUCAGUGAUAGUCUCAAUGAUGCCUCGAAGAGCCCAAGAUCAAAGGAGCAACUGCCCAUGGAACUACUGCCUCUCAAAUCGGUUUCUCCCAGAAACUCUAGAACCAAUGAAAUCACCAGAAGCCACUGGAGACAACCCUCCAUCAAUGGAGCACUUUCGUGCUCGCACCCCAGCUGUAAACGAACGUUAAACAUCAAGAAUGGCAUAGUCAAUUGCAGAAAAUGUGGAAACUUGUUCUGUAACGAACACACGCACUGCAAAGUACGAUUACGAAAUCCUGAACCAGGAGAAGGAAAGCUACCUUUGUACGAUUGUACCGCAAAUGGAGUUUGGUGUCGUAGUUGUGAAACGUGCUACCUAAAUAAGCCCGAUUUCGUGGCUGGAGUCGAGGUUACCGUUAACGACGUGACAGUGCAAUUUCAGCUGAAAAGAAGUGAGUUUAUUGACACCAAGACUCUUCGCCGCAUCAAAAUCCAGAAACGUUUCAUCAAAAAUGCCAAUCUCAUCACUGAACGCUUCGUUGCCAAUUCCAGGGCAUCUUUCUGGAAUGGCUUUGCCCUUUCUGCUUUCAAUUCUAAGAACGACCCUUUGAUUGCACAACAAAAACAGCUCGUAGGAAGCGAUAACUGGCAGGACGACUCCAUAACUCAUUGUGCGAUUUGUUUUACCAACUUCAACUUUUUAAUCAGAAAGCAUCACUGUCGCCUUUGCGGAAGGUUGGUGUGCAACGACCCAGAUGGGGAGCGAAUGUAUUGCUCAAUUUUGUUACCCAUUACCAGUUUUAUUGAGAAAUUGCCGACCCUUAACUAUGCAAACCUUGUCAAGCAAAACUUACCCAAAAUGCUUGAAGUUCUACCCGAAUCUCAAGAUCGGAUCUCUUUACGUUGCUGUGUGGAUUGUAAAAAUGAUCUUCUUCAUUCGUGGAAAGUGAGCGACGAGCUCCGUCAAGAGAGUGAUCGAGAAAUAUUCACCAUCUACAACGGAAUUCUAGUUCUCAAGAAUACAAUUUCUACGUUGCUUCCUCGCUAUAGAAAGCUUGUGGAAGAAAUCAGUCAAUCCGAUGCUGAUGCCGAUCGUCUGGACUUGAAUAAAGCUCGUCUUCGUCUAAUGUCAGCUCUUAAAGAUUUUGAAGGCGCAUCAACAAGAUUCAGGACCCAAUUUCUAAAACUACAAGAUGGAAAAUUGUGCAUCAAGAAUGAAUACAGCAACCACAAACAGCUAGUGCUCAACAUGUACCAAUCCACCAUCAUGUUUUUGCAAGAUAACCUCGAGACCUUUAAAAGUCUCAACGCCAAAAUCCAAGAGAACGAGAAAAAGACCAUAGAAAAAAUGGAAGCUGGAGUUCAGCAAACUGAACGCCCCCGUCUUACUAAGAGAGAAGUACGCGAGAAGCGUGAAAAGCUAAUGGUCAUGAAGGAGCAGGCAUUCAUCGUCGAGAAUUUGAUAGAUAGUGCUACGAAGCAAAGAAAGUUUGACGAGAUUGACCUGUUGCUUGGCAACAAGAACGAACUAGCCAAGGAAAUCGCGGUCUUGGAAGAAGAGUUGGGGGACGAAGGGUUCUAA